AGGAGAUACAAACUUCAGCAUAUACUUACUGAUGAGAAGAAGGCUCCAGAAAGAUAGUGUCAUGCUUGCCAACCUAGGUUUCCUUAGGAAGUCUCGUAUGGAGCUGCUCGAGGGGCAACUUCAGGAGAAGGUGCAUCACAAAAUAUAACAGAUAAGCGGCUCAGAUCAGGCGGAAUUGAAACAGACCUCUAAGUAAAGUCCCUUGGCCAUGGAACUGCAUCGUCCAUGAGCGGCGUUACCGGUUCCAACCGUAUCCUCGAAAUGUCCACAUUAGAAUUCAGCUACCGCUGUGCCCAGAAAAUUCCCAGACAAGUAAAUGCCCGGGUCGCACCAACCCCAAGUUCCUCUGACUUAGCACUUAACUCCGCCCUCCGGCGUCUGCGCAUUGCGUGCUCCCUAGUCCGCUAACUCUUCCCUGGUCCACCAACGGAUUCCGCGUUAAUUAAUUAGAAAAAUCACAGUUUAAGGCGUGAAAAAAUCCGAGAUGGCCUGUGUAAGACGACGGAGGCGUUGAAAUUUCAACGCCUUUCGCGAAACUUUUGAGGGUCCAUAAUCCCAAGUUGGGAUUAACAUCUUCUGCGAGGGGGGAAACAAGGUAGCAGACAUUCCACGGUUAUUACAAAUUUUAAGAAGUAUGAUAAAAUCUAGAAAGUAAUUAUAUCCAUAUCUAGUGGGCUUCUGUUUUUGCUGUCGUCUUCGAUUUGAAAGCACCACACCAACCGAACAAGUUAGUUCCUUCAAAUUUUCGUAGACAAAUUUUUAGUUUUACAUUUAAUUUACUUUUUUUUGAAUCGCGAUGAGCUACACAAACCUCCUGCGCCAUCAGAAUGUGGUGGAUGACUGCCAGCGGGUGAGCUGCAACCGGAGUCCGCCGGUCACUGUCACCGGGCGCUGUGUGAUCAGCCGAGACAUCGUGAUCGGCUGCCGCAUGGAGCAGUGCGAUCCGGACAUGCCCUGCAUGCUGGAGCCGACGUGGGGCGUCUACCUGCGCCCAGGCCGCGAUGGCGCCGACCUGUCGCGGUUCGUGCGGCGCGUCACCUUCAAGAUGUCGCCGCGACUGCCGCUGCGACUGCACGUGGCGGACAGCGCUCCGUUCGAGAUCGGCGAGGUCCUGGGCAGCGACUUUCCAUUGGAGGUGCAGGUGCAGUACAUAGAUGCCCGCAUGUCGGCCACCUCGUACAUCUUCCGGCCGCGCGUGGUGCGCGAGGGUCACGCCGGUAUCUGCGAGGAGAUGCUCGACAAGAUGAUAUUCGUCAAUCCCUCACCCAUGAUGAGACAGAACCUGACGCCCGUGCUCGUGCCCAGUGCAAAUGGUCCGCCCAGGGGCAGGGCAUCGCCCCAGUUGGCAAUGGAUGCCGCCGUGCCGGAGGCACCGGGUGAGCAAAAGGAACAGGACCGGGAUCGGGAGCAGGUGGGCGAUGUGGCGCGACCCUCGCAGACGCCGGCAAAGCAGCCCAAGAACCGCCUAAGUGUGGGCAUACCUCACCCCCAACAGUAGUAUACAUUGGGCUCCAUGAAAGGUACAACUGGGAAUGUUUGUUGUCCUGACAUGCGAAAAUUUGUGCACUUACUGGAUUGGCAUUGGAUACGUUUAAAUUACUAAAUACAUUAUGAAUUUAUUUUACUUUUAAGCCAGCUGCUUAUGCUAAUAUAAUAAUAAUAUAUAUAUUGGUAUACAUCUAA